UUCUUUGUUCUUUAUGUUUAAAAUUUUUUUCUCUCCCUCUCUCCAGGGAACCUGAUCGAACAGAGGAAAUGGCUCGACUCCACCUUUUGUUCCUUGUUUUCACGACCGUCGUGAUGGCUGCUUUGGCCACGGAAACCAUAAACGCAGAGGACAACCAGGAAGCCCUGAAGCUCGCUGACCAACAAGGAGAUCUUAGCCUUAGUGACCUAAUGGACAGAUCCAGGAGACCAGGCUGCAGUAACCGAAAAUGCCUGCGAUGGUACCGCGGCUGGUGGGCAGCCGAGCCCUGCCAGGGCGACCUGCGCCAAGUGGCCAUCUGCAACAAGAAGGAAAAGAUGUACUGCUGCGCCCACGCCUGCGAGGCCAAGAAGACCUGCCCCACAGGGUGCACCAACAACGCCUCCGACUGCGAGUUCGGCGUCAUUCCCGGCGGGUGCAGGGGCCGUCAGUGUUACUGUUGCAUGCCUCCUCCUCCCCCACCACCAGCACCAGGAAAGUAAACGACUUCA